AUGAAACCCAGCGGUUCGGCUGCUCGCAUGCAAGUCGCUGCAUCCGCACACGCGACCAUCAAUUACCAGGCUGUGCACUUGCUAUCUGAGUGGAUGAAACUAGGCAGAAUCCUUAUGGAAUCGACGACAGACGUCCGCAGACACUUUUGCCUGUGCCUCCAGCUCCUAAGCUUGACUCUACUUGAGCGAUACGAUGACUCUGUUGCAAAAACUCUUCUAGGUCUGAGCGACACAGAAAUUGUAGCCAACAUAUGCGAAGUCGAUCAGAUGGAGUACCAGAAACUCGCGUCAUUGGACCAAGACGAUAUCAGUCUAGCCUCACACUGCAUUGCGCUGAAUCGAAUCUUACUUGAGGCAGUGGGAGGGAAAGAAGCACAUCAGCAGCGUGAACUCUGUGACUCAAGCUACUCGGCUAGGCAAAACCAGAUUAUAUAUGGUGCAGUUAUUGGCGCCAAUGGACCAAGUUCGAUCCAAAAGGGCGGCCAUUAG